GGCGACGCGCCCGCUCUUCUGAGCAUCGUUUCGAAGGGACGAGAGCAGAACCCGAGCCUGAACUGAACCACACACCGAGCGUCCGCCGAAUGUUUGCUUCUUCCCGCUGCCAAUGCACACCCCUCACAUUCCUAUGUCCGCCAGUUGACACACUGAACUUGAAGGACCAGGCUUCCAACCCUGCCGGGAUUCAGGCGUCCUAAAGCGGGCAGCUUGUUUUUCAGGAGCUCCUGACAUUUCCCGUGGCAGAUUUACUCAAAGGAUCAUGGCACAGACCAACAUCAGCGGGCAGGGGACCAACGGGGUGGCGGAUGAAUCCCCCAACAUGAUAGUGUACAGAAAGAUGGAGGAGUUAAUAGCACGCAUGCAGGACGAGAAAAACGGCAUCCCCAUACGAACGGUGAAAAGUUUCCUCACCAAGAUCCCCAGUGUUUUUUCAGGUUCUGAUAUUGUACAAUGGCUCAUGAAGAACCUGGACAUUGAAGAUCAAGUGGAGGCUCUUCACUUAGGGACACUGAUGGCUGCACAUGGUUACUUCUUCCCUAUUUCAGACCAUGUUCUUACUCUCAAAGAUGACGGCACUUUCUACAGGUUUCAGACUCCAUACUUUUGGCCGUCAAAUUGCUGGGAACCUGAAAACACAGACUAUGCUGUUUACCUCUGCAAAAGAACAAUGCAAAACAAAGCACGUCUGGAGCUCGCUGACUAUGAAGCGGAGAGCUUAGCAAGGCUACAGAGAGCUUUUGCCAGAAAAUGGGAGUUCAUCUUUAUGCAAGCAGAAGCACAAGCAAAGGUUGACAAAAAAAGGGACAAAAUUGAGAGGAAAAUUCUCGACAGUCAGGAAAGAGCAUUCUGGGAUGUGCACCGACCAGUGCCUGGUUGUGUGAAUACAACAGAAGUCGACAUAAAGAAGUCCUCCAGAAUGAAAAAUCCACACAAAACCAGAAAGUCGGUGUAUGGGCUACAGAAUGACAUCCGUACCCACAGUCCUACCCACACCCCCACUCCAGAGGCCAAACAGCCCACAAAAGAAGAGCUGCAAGAACAGAUCACCUUUUGGCAAUUACAAUUAGACCGGCAUCGACUGAAAAUGUCCAAAGUGGCAGAGAGUUUGCUGGGUUACACAGAGCAGUAUGUUGAAUAUGACCCAUGCCUCAUGCCUCAAGACCCAUCUAACCCCUGGGUCUCAGAUGACACCACCCUCUGGGAGCUUGAAGCCAGCAAGGAACCAGGCCAGCAAAGGGUAAAGAGGUGGGCGUUCGGUAUCGAUGAGGUCCUGAAAGAUCCUGUUGGAAGAGAGCAGUUCCUGAAGUUCCUCGAGUCGGAAUUCAGCUCAGAGAAUCUCAGGUUCUGGCUUGCAGUCCAGGAACUAAAGAAGCGACCCAUCAGAGAGGUCCCAACUCGUGUUCAGGAAAUCUGGCAGGAGUUUCUGGCCCCCGGAGCGCCCAGUGCCAUCAAUGUGGACUCCAAGAGCUAUGACAAAACCACUCAGAAUGUCAAAGACCCUGGACGCUAUGCCUUUGAAGAUGCACAGGAACAUAUCUACAAACUGAUGAAGAGUGAUUCUUACAGCCGUUUCAUUCGUUCCAGUGCCUACCAGGAGUUGUUACAGGCAAAGAAGAAGAAAAGUAAAAAUUUGUUCUGAAGUCUCUUACUUCCAGCACAGGUGGAACCACUGGCAAGCGAGAGACUGUAAAGUUGUGUGCCAUGCUAAAAAUCAAUGGCUUCCCUCUCCCCGGGGUACAAAGAAGGGGAGCCAUCGCAUCUCAUCAUCCUCAUCGUCCGUCAUCCACUAUUGGCUCAGCCAGACAAUGAGCCAAGCUGCCUGUUCGUCUGUUGUCCACAAGAUGUUGCAUGUCCAUGGAGAGGACGUUUCAGUUUCUCUCUCCUCUUUCGGUACUGAUAUUUCCAGUGUUCCCAGAAAGAAGGCGCUGUUGGACUCGAGGGGAGUGAGAGACUAAGAAACAAAAUUGGAGAAAGUUCAAUGCAGUGUCCCAGUUCUUUCCAUGACAACUACUCAGUCGGGGCACUUUCUCUCACUUCCAGCAGAAACAAAUGAUGUCAGAGAGAAAAAAGAAAAAGACACUGAGAACCCCUCCCCCUCCCCCCCAAGAGAGCAACAGCUUACACUGAUAACUUUAAAACAAUGUCAUUGCUUUACAUGAGGUUACAGAAGCUUUGUCACGCUAUGGGAAGUGUUGUGCAGAAUGAAUAUACAAAAGAUAUAUACAUAUAUAUAUAUAUAAUGAUUCUGAUUAUUUAUUGUGCAUUUAGUUUGCUGUUCAUAAUUUGGUUGCACUACAAUAUUUAGCACAUAUGAUUCUCAAUGCACCUGUAAGGUCUCAUCCAGAUUUACAAAGACUCUGUCUCCUGUCUUAUGUAGAACAUCAUUCUUUGUUAUUCUCUCCUGCAUUUAUUUUUAUACCAUAUUUAAAGACACUUUUACUUACUUGUAUUAAUAAAGUUGAUCCUCUAUCUGUUA